CUUCCCAAGCUAUUCACUCCACUCUCCUCCCCAAACCCCGCCGCACACUUCUCCCCGCCUCCAAAAACCCCGACCGCCGCCGGCGGCCAUGCUCCUCCACCAUCGCCUCCUCCCUCGCCUACUACUACUUCCUUCCACCCACACCUCCACCUCUACCCUCCUGCGUCCCUCUCGUUUGCCGCGCCGCCUCUUCCUCUCGCCCCGCUUCUCCGCGCUCUCCCACCUAGCGGCCCCCGAGACCGUCGACCAAUCAGACAACGAGGGUGCCACCCACGAGGAUGUGCAGGUCAAGCUCCCGCUCGAUCGCCUCUUCGUGCCGCCCGGGGCGACAGUGGAUGCCGGAAACCAGGAGGCCGUGAGCGCACGGGUCCUCAAGGGAUCCAACAUCGUGCUAGGCCCGUACGCGCGCGGCGACGCGCAGGUGGUCAACGCGGAUUUCGUGAAGAGCAGCGUGCGUCCCGAUGACUGCCCCCGGGACGGGCUUCCGGAGUUCGCGCUCGUUGGCCGGUCCAACGUUGGCAAAUCGUCGCUGCUCAACUCGCUCGUCCGCCGCAAGCGCCUCGCGCUCACCUCCAAGAAGCCUGGGAAGACCCAAUGUAUCAAUCAUUUCAAAGUAAAUGACAGCUGGUAUCUUGUUGACUUGCCUGGUUAUGGAUAUGCUUCUGCACCACAGGAAGCUCGUACCAAUUGGGAUGAAUUUACUAGAAAUUACUUUCUCAGCAGGGAGAAUUUGGUAUCUGUUUUUCUCCUUAUAGAUGCAAGUAUACCUGCCAAGAAGAUUGAUCUUGACUAUGCUAGUUGGCUUGGUCAAAACAAGCAACAAUCAAUGUUUUUCUUGAGGUUUCGGUCAGAAGGCAUGUUUCUGUUCUGGCAGGCAAACAAAACUUUGUUGCUAACUUAUUAGGUCACACAAUUACUUAGCCUAGCAGGUCCUAAAGAUUUUUGUUAUUAUGAAAUUAUUCAGUAAUUUAGGGCAUAACUCUAACGGACUCUAUUUGUUUCCGCAUUUUGCCACUGGGCUUAUGAUGUAACCUGCUGUUUGUACUUUUUUUUUUCGUGCUACCCGUUGCAAGACCCGACCAAGUUUGCAGAGUGCAGCUUAACUCCGGAUCCCCUACCUCAUUUUUGAAAUCUGUAAUGCUAUACAAAGUAAAAAAGGCUUUGGCAACAAGUCGGGCAUAUAUGUUAGUACACUGUACUAUAAAGGUCUGAAAAGGUAUUAGAUUCAUGCCUUUUUUUUUCCUUUUCCUGUCCUGGACAUAGAUCUAGUUCCAUUCUUUGUGUAAUAUUGCACCACUGCAGUGCUGCCAGUGCCCACGCUGAGCCACCAAUCAGGCCUGAACUCUUAAACUCUGGACCGCAUGCCCUAACCACCCAGUCAAUAUCAAUCAACAGUCCCCCCUCUUUAAGCUCUUCUGUCCUUGUUGCUUUCCAUCCACUGAUCCACGAACCAUUAUUUCGCCUACUCUCAUUUCUGUUCUCCUGCGAUUUAGUGCAAAAUUAUCCUUGGACAAUGACCUAUGUUGGCAUGAGCAUUGGUCCCAGGGACACUAACAUAUAGCUUUUCGGACAUACAGUAAUGGAAUGGACUUGUGCACAGGUAAUAACAGGCAAGAUUCAAGAUUGCAGUAUUGUUCCGCUUAUUCAUUUCCUUCGAUGUAUUCCCAAACUAGCAAUGCGCUUGCCAUCACUUCUCCAUCAAACAAGCAUUACUGUUUUUCCAUGUGAGGGAUUUAGUUGAGCAAUAAAUCUGGCACUGUUCAGUUUUAAUGUUCUUAU